GGCGCCUCUGCAGCGUGCGGCGGACAGGAGAGCGGUUUGAAGUGAGUCCGGAUAGAGGCGGAACCAGGGACCGAACCCGGACCGGACUCUGUCUUUCUCCGGCACGGGGCCACCACACGGCCGGACCGGGAAGGAGGCGGCGCGGCGGCUCCCCGCUGGCCGGGUCCGGGCUUCGUUGGGCCGGGUGUCUUCUCCGGAGCUAAGUGCUAAGCUAGCCGUGGAGCUAACGUCGGAGCUAACCCCGCACACAAAGGACCAGUUUCCCCGUUAGUCGGUCCCGGUGGGCCCUGCUGGAUGAGGACAGACCCCCGCUCAGGUGGACCAUGGUGCUGACAGGUAAACGCUCGGACAAAGGUCCGGCCUGCUGGAAGAGGAGGGUGAAGUCUGAGUACAUGAGACUCCGACAGCUGAAACGCUUCAGACGAGCCGACGAGGUCAAGAGCAUGUUCAACACCAACAGGCAGAAGAUCGUGGAGCGGACGGACCUCCUGAACCAGGAGUGGAGGACCCGGCGAAUCCAGCCGGUCCACAUCAUGACGUCCGUCAGCUCGCUGAGGGGGACACGAGAGUGCACGGUGGACAGUGGGUUCUCGGAGUUCUCCAGGCAGGUCAUCCCCCUGAAGACCCUGAACGCCGUGGCCUCGGUUCCUGUCAUGUACUCCUGGUCGCCGCUGCAGCAGAACUUCAUGGUGGAGGAUGAGACGGUGCUCCACAACAUCCCCUACAUGGGGGACGAGGUCCUGGACCAGGACGGAACCUUCAUCGAGGAACUCAUCAAGAACUACGACGGAAAAGUUCACGGGGACCGAGAGUGCGGCUUCAUCAACGACGAGAUCUUCGUGGAGCUGGUCAGCGCUCUGUCUCAGUACAGCGACAACGAGGACGAGGAGGAGGAGGAGGACCAGGACUUCAAGAUGGACCUGGAGCGCCCCGAGGACCAGCGCAAGGACGGCCUGUCCACCCAGGGUCGCAGCCUGGACAGCAAGAAGUUCCCGUCAGACAAGAUCUUUGAGGCCAUCUCCUCCAUGUUCCCUGACAAAGGCUCCACCGAGGAGCUCAAGGAGAAGUACAAGGAGCUGACGGAGCAGCAGCUUCCCGGCGCUCUUCCUCCUGAAUGCACGCCGAACAUCGACGGUCCGAACGCCCGCUCGGUGCAGCGGGAGCAGAGCCUGCACUCCUUCCACACGCUGUUCUGCCGCCGCUGCUUCAAAUACGACUGCUUCCUGCACCCGUUCCACGCUACUCCCAACACCUACAAGAGGAAGAACCUGGAGAACCUGGUGGACAGUAAACCCUGUGGACUGGACUGCUACAUGUACCUGGUGCAGGACGGCCUGGUCUCGGACUACCCGGGGGGUGGGGGGACAGAGCGGUCCAAGACGCCCUCCAAACGCCCGGCGGGGCGCCGCCGGGGUCGUCUGGCCAACAGCAGUCGUCCGUCCACGCCCACCGUCUCCUCGGAGACCAAGGACACGGACAGCGAGCGCGAAGGCAGCAGAGAGGACGAGCGGGACGACAAAGACGACGAGGACAAGAAGGACGACAACAGCAGCAGCUCAGAGGGGAACUCCCGCUGUCAGACUCCAGUGAAGAUCAAGCUGAGCAGCGAGCUGGUGGACUGGAGCGGCGCCGAGGCUUCUCUCUUUAGGGUUCUCAUCGGGACGUACUACGAUAACUACUGCGCCAUCGCUCGCCUCAUCGGAACCAAGAGCUGCAGACAGGUCUACGAGUUCCGGGUCAAAGAGUCCAGCAUCAUCGCCCGGGCGCCGGCCGAGGACGAGGACACGCCCCCCAGGAAGAAGAAGAGGAAACACAGGCUGUGGGCCACACACUGCAGGAAGAUCCAGCUGAAGAAAGAUGGAUCGUCCAAUCACGUGUAUAACUACCAGCCAUGUGACCACCCCCGGCAGCCCUGCGACUCCUCCUGUCCCUGCGUCACCGCCCAGAACUUCUGUGAGAAGUUCUGCCAGUGCAGCUCCGAGUGUCAGAACCGGUUCCCCGGCUGCCGCUGUAAGGCUCAGUGUAACACCAAGCAGUGCCCGUGCUACCUGGCCGUCAGGGAGUGUGACCCCGACCUCUGUCUGACCUGUGGCGCCGCGGAACACUGGGACAGCAAGAACGUGUCCUGCAAGAACUGCUCCAUCCAGAGAGGAGCCAAGAAGCACCUGCUGCUGGCUCCGUCCGACGUGGCGGGCUGGGGCAUCUUCAUCAAGGAACCGGUGCAGAAGAACGAGUUCAUCUCCGAGUACUGCGGAGAGAUCAUCUCCCAGGACGAAGCCGACCGCAGAGGAAAAGUCUACGACAAGUACAUGUGCAGCUUCCUGUUCAACCUCAACAACGACUUCGUUGUUGACGCCACGAGGAAAGGAAACAAGAUCCGCUUCGCCAACCACUCUGUGAACCCAAACUGCUAUGCAAAAGUGAUGAUGGUGAACGGGGAUCACCGGAUCGGAAUCUUCGCUAAGCGAGCCAUUCAGACCGGAGAGGAGCUGUUCUUCGACUACAGGUACAGCCAGGCGGACGCUCUGAAGUACGUGGGCAUCGAGCGCGAGAUGGAGAUCGCCUGACCGUCUCGCCGGGUGGACCCGUACCUCCAGAGAACAUGCUGGCUCCUCAGUCAAGCUGCUGCCCCCCCCACCCCCCCACCCCUGAUCAGGGUUCUCUCUCCUCCAAUCAGAACCCGACUGGUGCUAACACGGUUCAGACGUGUCAGGUUUCAAAAUAAAGUACUUUUUGAUUUUUCACAGCAGUGCUUGUAAUUUGACACCAGCCUCAUCAGGUUCUUCUGUUCUUCUGUCUCACGUUUUCCACAAUGCCUUGAGCAUCAAGUAAUUUGACACCAGCCUCCUGACCUCAAUGGACCUCUGCGCAGGCUCUUAUUUUGAAAUCAAGCCUGAGACUAAAAUGUGACAAAAUAAAAGACUUUUGAAAGGA